AUGUGUGGGAUUUGGGCAAUAUUUGGCAGUGAAGUAAAUGUCUCAACGCUGUGGCACAAUUCCUUGAAGAUUGCCCAUCGUGGUCCUGAUGCUUUCCGGAUUGAAAAUGUCAACCAUCUGAAAAACUGCUGCAUGGCCUUCUACCACUUGGCUGUUGUUGAUGACACGUUUGGUAUUCAGCCAAUGAGGCUCCACUCUUUACCUCAUUUGUGGAUGAUUUAUAAUGGGGAGAUUUAUUACCAAAAGCUGAUCCAGCAACAGUUUGGCUUUGACUUCGAAACAAACAGUGAUGGAGAGGUCAUCUUGCAUCUGUACAACCAUGGCGGCAUAGAAUUUGCCGCGCAGCACCUUGAUGGGGUCUUUGCAUUUGUUUUGCUUGAUACGUUGAAGAGGAAAGUCUACGUGGGCAGGGACACGUUUGGUGUACGUCCAGCGUUUUGUUUGGUGGAGGAUGGUUUUCUGGCUGUUUGCUCUGAGGCAAAAGGGCUGUUGGGUUUGGCCCAAUGCAGUAAUGACCAAAGUGUGGACAUCCAACCCUUCCCACCUGGCCAUGUAGAGACAUAUUCCCUGGACCAGGGCGGAAAGGCCAAGCUUGAAGAGGUAAAGAGGUUCCAUCAGAUCGGUGACAUGCCUAAGUAUAAGACUAUGGCUCCAGCACUUGUCGACAGCAUAUCAACCAAUAUACGUAACUUGCUGGAUGCAGCAGUGAAGAAAAGACUAAUGGCGAAUAGGCCUAUAGGUUGUUUACUAUCCGGCGGGCUCGACUCAAGUCUUGUGACUGCUCUGGUAGUAAAAAACGCCAAGGAAAUGGGAAUAAAGUACAAGAUCCGAACCUUUGCCACUGGCAUGCCUGGAAGCACUGAUAUAAAAGCUGCGAGAAAGGUUGCUGAUUUCCUGGGUACCGAACACCACGAAGUUUUCUUCUCAGAAAAAGAAGGCGUCCAAGCGCUUGGUGAUGUCAUCACCUGCCUGGAAAAUUAUGACAUCAUAACAGUCAGGGCAGCUGUAGGAAUGUACCUUGUCAGCAAGUACAUCUCAGAGAAGACCGACACAGUGGUGAUAUUCUCCGGGGAGGGAGCUGACGAGCUGUGUCAAGGGUACAUGUACUUCCAUAACGCACCCUCAGCAGACGACGCUGACGUAGAGAGCAGACGACUUCUUGAUGUCCUUUACCGCUACGAUGUUUUAAGAGUGGACAGAACUACUGCAAGAUGGGGGCUCGAAGUACGCGUGCCAUUCCUAGACCACCAAUUUACCAGCUAUUACCUCUCCAUCGACCCUAAACUACGCCAGCCAAAAGACGGAAUAGAGAAGCAUCUUUUGCGAUCUGCCUUCGAAAACGAGCGUCUUAUUCCUAACGAUAUAUUGUGGCGCCCCAAGGAGGGGUUCAGUGACGGUGUGUCUUCUGAGAAACGAUCAUGGCAUUGUGUUAUUAAGGAAUUUGUGGCUCCCAGGGUCAAUGAUGAGGACUUGAAAAAUGCGCCAAAGACUUUUCUCUGCAAUCCCCCGAGUUCUAAAGAAUCAUAUUUCUUCCGGCAGUUAUUUGAGGACCAAUUCCCGGGAAGGCCUUUUUGGAUUCCAUACUACUGGAGACCAAAGUGGUCCCAAACCGAGGACCCCUCAGCUAGAAUGCUAAAACACUACAAAUACAUGUAA